AUGCGUGCCCCAAAAAAACUUCCUGUCCUUACGGAAGACGCUGGUCGUAGGACGAUCUAUGCAAUGAUUAACCUAAAGCCAACAAUUAAGAACUUUUGGCACUUCUCGAAUGCGGAAUACACUGCACGCUGCAAUAAUUUGCCGAUUGAAACACUUGUGGCUCUCAAGGAGACGAAGAAUCAUCAAAUAAUGCUCCUCAGCGGUAGCAUGGGUGCUACCCUCGUCGCGACAGUCUCUUUUGGAACCAUACCCCUCCUGGGCUGCGCAAUCUCUUUCCGCCAAAUCGAUGUUUACAAGCAGCAACUUAAUGUCAUCGAACUAGCAAUUCGCGAGAAAGAAAUAGCAAAGCAACAAGCUGCAUGGGAAAGGGAAAGGGAGAAAGAAAGAGAAAGGGAGAGAGACAAACCUUUAACGCAGUCCGUUGUGUUGCUCUACGGGCUGCCUAAUGGAGUGACCGCAGCUGCUACUCAAGCAAUUGUCAAGACUCAAGAAGCCAAGGCUGCAUCAGAAGAAGAGAAGAGCAAACCCGCUGUUUAUGAGCCGAUAACACCCUUAAUAACGCCUUCAGGAAGUCUAGCAUCUCUCCCAACCACUUCCCUCUCAAUUCCAACGUGA